AUGGAUUCCAAAGAUGAAAGCUCACACGUGUGGCCCCCGGCUGCAGAGCACGAGGAGAACGCUGCACAGGUGCAUUUUGUUCCAGACGCUGGAACUGUGGCCCAGAUCGUCUACACCGAUGACCAGGUCCGUCCGCCGCAGCAGGUGGUGUACACGGCAGAUGGUGCCUCCUACGCCUCCGUGGAUGGUCCUCAGCACACACUGGUCUACAUCCAUCCCGUGGAAGCUGCGCAGACGCUGUUUACAGACCCAGGCCAAGUAGCUUAUGUCCAACAGGAUGCUACAGCUCAGCAGGCCUCGCUGCCGGUGCACAACCAGGUGUUACCCUCAAUUGAGAGUGUGGAUGGCUCGGACCCUCUGGCGACUCUGCAGAACCCCAUGGCCAGACUGGAGGCCAAGGAGGAGGAGGACGAGGAUGAGGACGAGGAUUCUGAGGAUGAGGAGGAGGAAGACGGGGAGGACACUGACCUGGACGACUGGGAACCUGACCCGCCUCGGCCCUUCGACCCCCACGACUUGUGGUGCGAGGAGUGUAACAACGCACACUCUUCCGUGUGCCCGAAGCACGGCCCGCUGCACCCGAUCCCCAACCGGCCAGUGCUGACGCGGGCACGGGCCAGCCUCCCGCUGGUGCUCUACAUUGACAGAUUCCUGGGCGGCGUGUUCUCCAAGAGGCGCAUCCCCAAGCGCACCCAGUUUGGCCCCGUGGAGGGGCCACUGGUCAGGGAAUCGGAGCUGAAGGACUGUUACAUCCACCUCAAGGUUUCUCUCGAUAAAGGGGACAGAAAGGACAGGGAUUUGCAUGAAGACCUGUGGUUUGAGUUGUCGGACGAGACCCUCUGUAACUGGAUGAUGUUCGUACGUCCGGCCCAGAACCACCUGGAGCAGAACCUGGUGGCAUAUCAGUAUGGUCACCACGUGUACUACACAACAAUCAAGAACGUGGAGCCCAAGCAGGAGCUCAAGGUGUGGUAUGCUGCUUCCUAUGCCGAAUUUGUGAACCGGAAAAUCCAUGACAUUUCUGAGGAAGAGCGGAAAGUUCUUCGAGAGCAAGAGAAGAAUUGGCCCUGCUAUGAAUGCAACCGCCGAUUUAUAAGCUCUGAACAGCUGCAGCAGCAUCUCAAUUCUCACGAUGAGAAACUGGAUGUGUUCAGCAGAGCAAGAGGCAGAGGAAGGGGCCGAGGCAAGAGACGGUUUGGCCCUGGUCGAAGGCCAGGACGUCCUCCCAAAUUUAUCCGGCUGGAGAUAACCAGUGAAAAUGGGGAAAAGUGUGAUGAUGGGACACAGGACCUGUUGCAUUUUUCCACCAAGGAGCAGUUCAAUGAGGCUGAAGCUGCGACUCCUAACGGGCUGGACCAACCAGAGCAGCCCACCCUCCCGCUCCCUCAGCUGCCCUCGGAAGCCCCGUCUUCUCUGGAGCAGGAGCCGGACACACAUGAGCUGCACCUGCAGCCCCAGCAUGAGGAGAGUGUGCUGCCCGCCCAGAGCACCCUGACGGCUGACGACAUGCGCCGUGCCAAGCGCAUCCGGUUGGAGCUGCAGAAUGCAGCUCUGCAGCAUCUGUUCAUUCGGAAGUCUUUCCGGCCUUUUAAAUGCUUGCAGUGCGGGAAGGCCUUCCGCGAGAAGGACAAACUGGACCAACACUUGCGCUUCCAUGGGCGGGAGGGGAACUGCCCGUUGACCUGUGACCUCUGUAACAAGGGCUUCAUCAGCAGUGCAUCCUUGGAGAGCCACAUGAAGCUCCACUCGGACCAGAAGACUUACUCUUGCAUUUUUUGCCCAGAAUCCUUUGACCGCCUUGAUUUGUUGAAAGAUCACGUGGCCAUUCAUAUCAAUGAUGGCUACUUCAGCUGCCCAACUUGUAAGAAACGGUUCCCAGAUUUUAUCCAGGUGAAGAAGCACGUGCGCAGCUUCCACUCGGAAAAGAUCUACCAGUGUACGGAGUGUGACAAGGCCUUCUGCCGUCCCGACAAGCUGCGUCUGCAUAUGCUCCGGCACUCGGACCGCAAGGACUUCCUGUGCUCCACGUGUGGGAAGCAGUUUAAGCGGAAAGACAAACUCCGGGAGCACAUGCAGAGGAUGCACAAUCCUGAGAGGGAGGCCAAGAAAGCCGACCGCAGCAGCCGCUCCAAGACGUUCAAGCCCCGUAUCACGUCCACCGACUACGACAGCUUCACGUUCAAGUGCCGUCUCUGCAUGAUGGGCUUCCGGAGGCGGGGCAUGCUGGUAAAUCACUUAUCAAAGAGGCACCCAGACAUGAAGAUAGAAGAGGUGCCAGAGUUAACUCUGCCCAUCAUAAAGCCCAACCGUGACUACUUCUGUCAGUAUUGUGAUAAGGUUUACAAAAGUGCCAGCAAGCGAAAAGCCCAUAUUCUGAAGAACCAUCCCGGGGCCGAGCUUCCACCAAGCAUUCGGAAACUUCGCCCCGCGGGCCCCGGAGAGCCAGACCCUAUGCUGAGCACCCACACCCAGCUCACAGGCACCAUAGCCACCCCACCCGUCUGCUGCCCUCACUGCUCCAAGCAGUAUAGCAGCAAGACCAAGAUGGUACAACACAUUCGAAAGAAGCACCCAGAAUACGCCCAGCUCCCCAACACCAUACACACACCUCUGACCACAGCUGUGAUCAGUGCAACGCCAGCUGUCCUAACCACCGACAGUGCCACUGGAGAGACCGUGGUGACGACAGACCUGCUAACCCAGGCAAUGACAGAGCUGUCCCAGACCUUAACGACGGAUUACCGAACACCACAAGGGGACUACCAGAGAAUCCAGUACAUCCCUGUGUCACAGUCUACGUCCGGCCUGCAGCAGCCUCAGCACAUACAGCUUCAAGUGGUGCAGGUGGCUCCGGCCACUUCCCCACACCAGUCCCAGCAGUCCACGGUGGAUGUCGCCCAGCUCCACGACCCUCAGACCUACACACAGCAUGCCAUCCAGGUGCAGCACAUCCAGGUCACCGAGCCCCCUGCCCCUGCUAUGUCCACAUCCCAGGUGGCUGGGCAGCCGCUGAGUCCCUCCCCACAGCAGUCUCAGCAGGGGCUCAGCCCCUCGCACGUCGCAGGUAGCUCCUCACAGGGCCAGGCCCUCCAGCAGCCUCCCCAGGGCUCCACGGUCCAGCACACGUACCUCCCCAACACCUGGAAUUCCUUCCGUGGCUACUCAUCAGAGAUUCAAAUGAUGACACUUCCCCCAGGUCAGUUUGUGAUUACAGACAGUGGUGUGGCAACUCCGGUCACCACUGGCCAAGUGAAGGCGGUCACUCCGGGUCAUUAUGUGUUAUCAGAAAGUCAAUCAGAAUUGGAGGAAAAGCAAGCAUCUGCUCUCUCUGGAGGAGUCCAGGUUCAGCCAGCUGCACACAGUGACUUGGACCCCCAGACCACCAGCCAACAGCCCACCCAGUACAUCAUCACAACCACCACCAACGGGAAUGGGAACAGCGAAGUGCACAUCACUAAACCCUAACUCCUACCCUCAAGCCAGAAUCAAGCAGUCACAUCAUGUCUUUUCUUAUUCAUAUGUCUGGAAGC